AACCAAACCCCCAUCCCUCUUACCCCCACGCCCCUCCACAACGGACCAAUGGACCUAACUCCGGCUGAUUCGCCGUCAGCCAAAUCCCGGCUUGGUCGGAUGAACUCGGUCGUGGCAAAGUCCUGGCUCGGGAAGUGGUUCAAGCUCGCCGAGCGGGGGUCCACCUUCACGACGGAGCUCCGCGCCGGCACCGCUACCUUCUUGACCAUGGCCUAUAUUCUCGCCGUCAACGCGUCCAUCCUCACUGACUCCGGCGCCACCUGCUCCGUCUCCGACUGCAGCAAACCCUCGCCGACGUGCAAGUUCCCCCCGGUCGACGCCGGCUACGCCUCCUGCCUCGACCGCGUCCGCCGCGAUCUAAUCGUCGCCACUGCCGCCUCCUCCAUCAUCGGCUCCGUCAUCAUGGGCGCCUUCGCGAACCUCCCACUCGCCCUCGCCCCCGGCAUGGGCGCAAACGCCUACUUUGCCUACACCGUCGUCGGCUUUCACGGCUCCGGCAACCUCCCUUAUGGCAACGCCCUCGCCGCCGUCUUCCUCGAGGGCCUCCUCUUCCUCCUCAUCUCCGCCCUCGGUUUCCGCUCCAAGCUCGCCAAGCUCAUCCCCCGCCCUGUCCGCAUGUCCUCCGCCGCUGGAAUAGGCCUCUUCUUGGCCUUCAUCGGCCUCCAGAACGACGAGGGCGUCGGCCUCAUCGGCCAUUCCUCUUCCACCCUUGUCACUCUCGCCGCCUGUCCCCGCGACGCCCGCGCCUCCCUCGCCCCCGUCCGCACCUUCUCCAACGGCACCGUCGAGCUCAUCCCCGGAGGCACCGUCUCCGGCGACAUCCUCUGCCUCCAUGGCCGCAUGGAGAGCCCCACCUUCUGGCUCGCCGUCGUCGGCUUUCUCAUCAUCGCCUUUUGCCUCAUCAAGCGCAUCAAGGGCGCCAUGAUCUACGGCAUCAUCUUCGUCACCGCCGUCUCCUGGUUCCGCGGCACCGCCGUCACCGCCUUCCCCGACACCGCCGCUGGCGAUGACUCCUACAACUACUUCAAAAAGGUCGUCGACGUCCACCCCCUCAGCUCCACUGCCGGCGCCCUCAGCUUCUCGUCCAUCGGCCAGGGCCACUUCUGGGAGGCCCUCGUCACCUUCCUCUACGUCGACAUCCUCGACACCACCGGGACACUCUACUCCAUGGCCCGCUUCGCCGGCUUCGUCGACGAGAACGGCGACUUCGAGGGGCAGUACUUCGCCUUCAUGUCCGACGCCACUGCCAUCGUCGCCGGCUCCCUCCUCGGCACCUCGCCGGUGACGGCGUUCAUCGAGUCCUCCACCGGGAUAAGGGAAGGCGGAAGGACCGGGCUGACGGCCUUGACGGUGGCUGGGUACUUCUUCCUGGCGCUUUUCUUCACGCCGCUGCUGGCGUCGAUACCGGCGUGGGCGGUCGGGCCGCCGCUGGUGCUCGUGGGGGUGCUGAUGAUGAAAUCAGUGGCUGAGAUCGAUUGGGAUGACAUGAAGGAGGCGAUCCCCGCGUUUCUGACGCUAAUAUUGAUGCCGCUGACCUAUUCCAUCGCCUACGGACUCAUCGGCGGCAUUGGGGCCUACAUCCUCCUCCACUCCUGGGACUGGGCCUGGGCCGCGUGGUCCCACCUUGGCCUGGGCCCCGCCGAUACAAAUACCUCGGCGGUUAACGGUACCGCUGCUAAUAAAAUCGGCACUCCUAACAAUAGUAACGGUGUCAUUAGCUGUAAUGAUGAUCAGAGUAAGAAACCGAUUCAGGUCUAAGGCUGAGAAUAUAUUAUGUUAAAAGGAUUGCACUUGAUGGGAGUAAAUUGCACCUGUAGAUUCCCAGUCUUCUAUUUUUACCUUUUUUCCCCUCCCUUCUAAAGAGUCUUAAUUAUCUUAGUUAAAAAAUAGGAUCAUUAAAGGGUUAGGAGAUUUAAAAUAAUAUACAUGAGUGGUUUUCUUUUCUUUUUUUUCCUUUUGUUUUGAUUGCAUAAUGAAGGAUGAUAGUAUAUAUGUCGCGACUUUGCGGUUAUAAAGGUGUUUACACCAACAAUGAUUGAUUGGUACUCCUAAACGUCCAAUCAAAUCACUCUGCGUCAAUUCAUGCAAGGCUCACAUUACUCGAAAUCAAUGGUGGAUGAUCGAGCAAAUGGCAGGACCCACCUUUAGCAUGUAUUUAGUCUCGUUGCCAUCCUAUCUAAACCAUUGGCUGAUGAAGUUUCAGAACUAUGGACAAGGAUUGAUGAAUGACCAGGCACUGCAUGGUGACAUAAGAAUCGAAGAAGUAUGGAGCUCAUGCCUUGGAGUGUUGCUGGAAAUCUUCUCCAUUGCCGAAGGAAUGGACUUGGGGAAUAGCAGUAUUCGGAGGAUUUAUCUGCAUUCUAUUGGUCAUAAAGGGCCGAAGGUGAAUCGUAAACGUUCCAAUGAGUAGGGAGGAUAUUCCAUGGUUAAAUCAUUGGUGACUUGAAGAGGAAGUGUGGGGAAACAGUGGUUUUCUUGCUGCAAUUGUAUCUGUUUGUACUAUAUACAAUCUUAUCUGUUUCCUGUAA